AUGUCCACCACUACCUUGAAAGUCGAAUAUCGACAACUCGGAAAAUCCGGUCUUAGGGUCUCUGUGCCUAUUGUCGGAGCCAUGAGUUUUGGCAGCUCGCAAUGGGGUUUAGCUCCAUGGAUUGUCGAAGCCGAUACAGCGAUAUCCAUACUGAAAGAAGCAUGGGACUUGGGCGUCAACACCAUUGAUACCGCAAACGUUUACUCCAACGGCGAGUCUGAGCAUAUCAUCAGUCAGUUCAUGAAGAAGUAUAACAUCCCUCGCCACCAGCUCAUCAUUGCAACCAAGUGCUACGGCUUCGUGUCCGACACCUCAGGCGGCGCGAGCCGCGCGCAGCCCGGCACCGAGGUCGAGCGCGACAAGAUCAACCAGUCUGGGCUCUCCCGCUCCGCGAUCUUCAACGCCGUCGAGAGCUCGCUCACGCGGCUCGAGACGCCCUACGUCGACCUGCUCCAGAUCCACAGGUUCGACCCGCUCGUGCCCGUUGAGGAGACGAUGAAGGCGCUGCACGACCUGGUGCAGGCCGGCAAGGUGCGGUAUAUCGGUGCGAGCUCGAUGCGGUGUUGGCAGUUCGCGAUGAUGAACGAGGUGGCGGACCGGCAUGGGUGGACGAGAUUCGUAAGCAUGUCGGAUGAGUAUUCACUGCUGUAUCGCGAGGAGGAACGCGAGAUGCACGCCUACUGCGCAUACAACGGCAUCGGUGUUAUUCCCUGGGCCCCACUCUCGGGUGGAGACCUCGCGCGCCCGCUCGGCACGUCCACCGUACGCUCCGAGGGAUUCAAGGACACGCCAUAUGAGCGGAAAAUCUCGCAUGCGGACCGCACGAUCAUACUACGCAUCAUCGAGCUCGCGGAGAAGCAUGGGCGCACGAUGGGCCAGGUUGCCCUUUCCUGGGCUAAGAACAAGAGGGGAGGCAAAGGCGCGGUGACGAGCCCCAUUGUUGGUGUCAAUUCGGUAGAGAGGCUGAGAGAAGCUUUGGUUGGUGGGUUUGAGUUGUCGGACGAGGAGAUGGGGUAUUUGGAGGAGCCGUGA